AUGGGCUGGUGCGCGCAUGGCAAUGCUUUGCUCGUCCCUCUCUUGUUCUUGUUCGUCUUCUCCUUCUCCUUCUACCCUUUGGCCUUCUCUAAGCUGUCAUCACCUCAGCUGGAAGCCAUGAUCGAUCUCUCCCAGAAAAUCCCGAGUUCUGACUUAUCGUGGAACAUCACCAAAGAGCCCGACCCGUGUGGAUGGAAUAGGACCACAUGCAGUCCGGACAACUCUUCCGUGAUCGAGCUCUCUCUCUCUGGGCUCUCUCUCGCUUCCUCCGAUUUUUUGCCUGUGAUUUGCCAGAUUGAUUCUUUGCAGGUUCUUGAUCUGUCGGACAACCAAUUGAGCUCACUCCCUGAUGAGUUCAUCACUUCUUGUGGAAAAAUUGGUGGGCUCAAGCGGUUGAACUUCAGCAGGAAUGCGUUGGUAGGUCCUUUGCCUUCUUUUACUGGUUUUCUUGGGUUGGAGUUCUUGGACUUGUCUUAUAAUCAUAUGCGGGGAAGCACUGGCUCAAAAUUAGACGGGUUAGUCACGUUGAGGAGUUUGAAUCUUAGUGUGAAUAAGUUCGACGGGUCAGUUCCAGUUAAACUGUCCAGGGUUCUGGAGGAGCUCCAGCUUUCGGCGAAUGAAUUCGACGGUGAAAUCCCCGCGGGAGUCGCAGAUUAUCAGAGUUUGACCCUGGUUGAUUUUAGCCAGAACCGGCUUUCAGGCUCUGUCCCCGACAGACUAGGGGAGCUCCCAAAGUUGGAGGUGCUGGUUCUGUCUUCCAAUCGUCUCAGUGGAAAAAUCCCCGAAAGUCUAGCUAAUAUCCCAACCCUUUCCCGUUUCUCUGCGAACCAAAAUAAAUUCAGCGGCCCAAUUCCCAGUGGGUUAACGAGGUCUCUCAAAAGUUUGGAUCUUAGCUACAAUAAGCUGAGUGGGUCUAUUCCGUCCGACCUUUUGUCGCCGCCAAAAUUGCAGUAUGUGGAUUUGUCGUACAAUCAGUUGGAGGGGCCAAUACCUAACAAUCUAUCGCCUUACAUGUUCAGGUUGAGACUGGGUAGCAAUUCACUUAUUGGUACGAUCCCUGCUGAUUCGUUGGGAAGCCUCGAGAAAUUGACUUACUUGGAACUGGAAAAUAAUAGCUUGACAGGAUCGGUACCUCCUGAACUGGGCAAAUGUCGGAGUUUGGCCCUGUUGAGUUUGGCGCAGAAUAAUCUGACUGGUCCCUUACCACCAGAGUUGGGAAAUCUCAGCAGUAUUCAAGUCAUGAAGCUUCAGUUUAACAACAUUGAUGGGGUCAUCCCAGGCCAAAUUGCACAGUUAGCGAGUUUGGCACAGUUGAAUAUCAGUUGGAAUCUGCUGAGUGGUACCAUUCCAUCUUCCCUUACAAACUUGCGGAACCUUACUACUUUGAAUUUGCAGCACAACAAUCUGAAUGGCUCAAUACCCGCUGCAAUUGGGGGAUUACAAGGUUUAUUAGAACUCCAGCUGGGGAAAAAUCAACUGAGUGGGCAUAUCCCAACCAUGCCACUGAGUUUGCAGAUUGCUUUAAACCUCAGUAGUAAUCUGUUUGAUGGGACCAUCCCUGCUACUUUUUCGCAGCUAAGAAACCUAGAGAUUUUGGAUCUCUCAGACAACCGGUUUUCAGGUUCAGUUCCCAUGUAUCUUACUCAGAUGCCGGCCCUGACACAGUUAAUACUUUCCAAUAAUCUUCUGUCAGGUGUUCUUCCAAAGUUUAGGGAUGUGGUCAAAGUGGAAGCUAGUGGAAACAUGAAUCUCAUUAAUGGGACAGCACCGAGGCCUUCUGUCGUGCGGAAAAGAAACUCUGUUGCUGUGCCAGUUCUUACUGGUUUGGCCUCUGCUGUUUUUGCCAUGUUGGUCGUUGCAGUGGUUGUUAUAUCAGUAUCAAAACGCUUUUACCGUGUCAAUGACGAGCACUUGCAAUUAGGCGAGAACCUUCCUCUUCCUCAAGUCAUCGACAGCAGCUUGUUGACUUCAAAUGGCAUCCACAGAUCAAGUAUAGACUUCACCAAAGCCAUGGAAGAAGUUUCCGAUCCAACGAAAAUUGUUUUGAAGACCAGGUUUUCAACCUACUACAAAGCAACCAUGCCAUCUGGAACAAGAUACUAUAUCAAGAAGCUUAACUGGAGUGAUAAGAUAUUCCAAUUGGGUAGCCACGACAAGUUUGGACAAGAGCUAGAAGUCCUGGGAAAGUUAAACAACUCGAAUGUCAUGACCCCUUUAGCCUAUGUCUUGACUAUUGAUAGUGGGUAUCUCUUUUACGAGUAUGCGCAAAAGGGUACCCUCUUCGACGUUUUGCAUGACAGCUCGAGCGAAUUGGAUUGGGCGAGCCGUUACAGUAUUGCAGUAGGAGUGGCUCAGGGUCUUGCGUUUCUGCAUGAUUGUUCCUCUGGUCCAAUUCUCCUGCUCGAUCUUUCAAGUAGGACUGUUCUGCUCAAGUCCUUGAAGGAACCUCAGGUGGGAGAUAUUGAGCUCUGUAAGGUAAUCGAUCCAUCAAAGAGCACAGGCAGUCUCUCUACUGUAGCAGGAUCUAUUGGCUACAUACCUCCAGAGUAUGCUUACACAAUGAGGAUAACGAUGGCUGGGAAUGUGUAUAGCUUUGGCGUCAUGCUGCUGGAACUGCUCACUGGGAAGCCAGCGUGUAGCCAGGGAAACGAGUUAACUAAGUGGGUGUCGACUAACACUUCGAAGCAAGAUAAGUGGGACCACAUCCUCGAUUUUAGUGUGAGUAGAACAUCCCUCACCGUGAGGAGCCAGAUGCUUGCAGUUCUAAGAGUUGCUCUGGCAUGUGUCAGUAUAUCUCCUGAUUCAAGGCCAAAAAUGAAGAGUGUUCUCCGCAUGCUUCUCAAUGCAAGGUAAAUCCUUGUCUAGCCAAUGCACUGCUGCUUAUGUAAACGAGGUUACCAGAAAAAGCACGGUCCUUUUUUUUUUCUUUUUGUUGUAAACUAAUAAGUCCCGUUUUGUGUGAUAUGGUUUGUAAUAGAGAAGAAAUAGAUGGAAGUACGGUUUAUCUUGCAGCUACAUACCUGGUUCGAUGUAAGCCCGUCAUGUCAUGUAAAAAGUUCUAGGGCGUUCUCAUGGAAGACGAGGCAAAAUUUUUGGUGUUGUAAUUGAUAAUAUUUCAAGCUUAUUCAAGUUA